ACAGCACAGCACAGCACAGCACAGAAUCAGAAUUUACACACACAAUGGCCGCUGAACGUAUUGGUUCCAUCAUCAAGCACCUGGCCCCUGGGUCGGCGCUCAACAGCAUUCAAGCGAAGAACCCCGAUGACAUUGUCAUCACCUUCGCUGCCCGAACCCCUCUCACAAAGGCCAAGAAGGGUGGUUUCAAGGAUACUUCUCUCGAAUACAUGGUGUAUGCUCUGCUCAAGGAGGUUCGGAAACGAUCAAACCUCGACCCUGCCCUUGUUGAGGAUAUCUGCCUUGGAAACGUCUCCGAUGCCAAGGCUGCCUACAAGGUUCGCGCCUCUGCUCUCGCUGCUGGCUUCCCCAACACCGCUGGUGCUUCUUCCGUCAACCGAUUCUGCUCUUCUGGUCUCAAGGCCACCGCCGAUAUCGCCCACUCCAUUCUCAAUGGCUCCAUUGAGAUCGGUAUCGCUAUGGGCGCUGAACAAAUGACCAUUGGUGGCGAUGCGCUCGAGAAGCCCUUCGACGAGGCUGUUACAUCACAAAGCCAGGAGUCUGUGGAUUGCAUGCAGCCCAUGGGUUGGACCAGCGAGAAUGUCAGCAAGGACUUUGGCGUCACUCGCGAUGUCAUGGACAAGUAUGCGGCUGAGAGUUUCCAAAAGGCUGAGGCGGCGCAAAAGGCUGGUUUGUUCGCCGAUGAGAUCGUCCCCAUCACCACCAAGGUCAAGGGCCCCGAUGGUCAGGAGAAGGAGGUUACUCUUACCCAGGAUGAGGGUAUCCGACCAGGCACUACCGCUGAGAGCCUCGGCAAGAUUCGAUCUGCUUUCCCUCAAUGGGGUGGAGCUACAACUGGAGGCAAUGCCAGCCAGCUCACUGACGGAGCUGCCGCUGUGUUGCUGAUGAAGCGAUCUACAGCUAUCAAGCUGGGCCAGCCUAUCAUGGCCAAGUACGUCGGUUCUACUGUGGCUGGCCUCGCGCCUCGCAUCAUGGGCAUUGGUCCUAGCAUUGCCAUCCCCAAGCUUCUUGCCCAGCACAACAUCUCUCUCGAUGAUAUUGACAUUGUUGAGAUCAACGAGGCCUUUGCCUCGAUGGCCGUUUACUGUCAAGACAAGCUUGGUUUGACAUCAGACAAGCUCAACCCUCGUGGAGGAGCUAUCGCUCUUGGUCACCCACUGGGCGCUACAGGUGCUCGACAGAUCGUUACAGGACUUUCUGAGUGCAGGCGGCGAAAGAAGAAGAUGCUGUUGACCAGCAUGUGCAUUGGCACAGGCCAGGGCAUGGCUGGCCUGUUUGUCAACGAGCAGGUCUAAAACAGACAGUGCAUGUCUGAGAUAUUCUAAUUAUGUAACACCACCAGAUCUCGAUAUAGGCGAGUCAGUUGGGAAUGUAUUUAUGAUUUCGAGCGAUGCUAGCAAGUUGGAAAGCAUAAAAUUUUGUCUUUAGUUAGAUUUCGGAGUUAAGUUAAUUAGUAAAACGAUUCCGGAACGGGCUGUUGUCUCAUCAAAGUGUAUCAGCCAAGGGAAUUGAUAGCGUAA